UCAGUUGCGCAGUACAUCUUCAUCAGCACACAUUCUAACAGCCUCAUCAGCUACAACCAGCCACGAAAAUGUUCAAAAUCAUCGCCCUCGUUGCCUGCCUGGCCGUUGUUGCCUCUGCCCAGUACUACGGAGGAGAGCACGGAGCGCCAAAGGUCGCUGCCCACCACGACGAGGACUACAACGCCCACCCCAAGUACAAGUUCGAGUACGGCGUCAAGGAUGCCCACACCGGAGACCACAAGACCCAGUGGGAAUCCCGGGACGGAGACGUCGUCAAGGGACAGUACACCCUGGAUGAGGCCGAUGGAACGCACCGCAUCGUGGACUACAAGGCCGAUGACCACAACGGAUUCGAGGCCGUGGUCAAGACCGUCCAUGGACAUCACUAAGUGGUGGAUUUAGGCAUCGGAACCAAACAACCGGAAGAGGCACGCACUAAAAACACGAGAGAACACUUGACUGCAUGAUUGGAACAUUUGCUGCUGCUUGUAACGAAUGUGAUAUUGUAAUUGUUGAUAGAUGUUGUUAAUUGUUACAUUUAUUUAUCCAAUUGAAUG